ACCGGUAACAGGCGGCAGCGCGAGGGAGAACCGUUGCAAGCAGCGGUGGAGCGGCACUAAGCCCCGCUCCAACAUCCCGCACCGGGAAAGGACUUUCUGACUCGGUGUGGCGGGGAGUCUGGGCUCCGUUCAGCCAUGUUGCGGUCGGAGACGGGGGUAACUAGCUAAAGAGCGGGGCACCGGGUAGGGGGGUCUGACACCGACCGAGGGACCGACACCGAGUGUUCCGGAGGAGGAGGGGGUCGCGGAGGAACUGGUGUCCGGUGAAUUGUGCCGGAUGCGGCGGCAGCAGCCCGCAUGGUGUCGCCUAGAGACAGGGGCGCGAGGCGGCAGGAAACGGGGUCGGAGGGAAAGAGUACACCGAGUACACGCUGCCUGGUCGAUUUAUCACCUUCAGUCUCUUAAUUCGACUUCAGCUGUGAGCCAGGUACACAGCUGGAGGUCAAUGAGAGCCAGCAACAGCUCGAUGUGAAGAGCAAAUCCUCCCUCUGCAAUCUCCCCUUUCUUCUCCACCAUGCUCUCCUCACUUCCGUACAUUAGAAAGCACGGCCUUCUUAUUUUAGCAGCACUGCCUUUCUCCUCCUCUUCUUCCUCCUUCUCUAUUGCCCUCCUCUUUUUCUGAGUUUUGACUCUUCUUCCUUUUAUUAUUUUUACAACACGCACACACUCGUUUAAAAAUGAAGCGUGGGUCGAGUGUGUUGCAGCCUCCCUCUGAUGCAGCCAAACGACACACACACACAAAGACACACACCAGCGAGGAGGCUUGCUCACUGAGUGUGUCCGAGGCAAACACACACGCCGCAGGUUCCAGUCCUCUACCAGCAGCCACCUCUCUGUUCAGCCCCGAUGUCAGCACCAAGAUGGCGUCUGACCUCCUCAUUAGGCUGUCAGAGGCCACUCAGAAGGCCCAGAUGCAUCCUGGGAUCCAGGAGGAGGUGGGGCAACAGGAUGAACCUGGCGUUGCCCUCUCACCGGACGGCCCCGGGGCGAGUCCUGAGCCUCCGUCAAUAACGCACACUCCUGACGGGAACACCACAACAGACACGCUGGCCUCUGACCUGCUCAGGAAACUAGCAGAGCGACAGGAAGUGAACAGUCAUGUGUUGAAGGUCAAAGAGGAGGAAGAGCCAAUGGAAGUUAACCCUACAACCCAAAACCAACCAAUCAUGGAGGACUUGACCCAUUCUGCCCUGAGGAUGGCCAGCCACCACCUCUUUACUGUUAAAACAGAAGACCAGGACAUCACUGGGGACAAGAUGGUUGACCAGUUGCACCUUGGAGCCAAGAUGGUGGAUCAGUGUCUCUUUGGCCUUAAAGCAGAGGACAGGUUCUCUGCUGGCAGCUGUCAGCCUGCCUCAAAGACAACAGCCGGUUUAGUCACCGGAGCUAACAGCUUCCAGUUUCAGGUGAAACUGGAGGAUUUUAGUGUUCCUGGAUCCAGGAUGAACAGUCCCCUCCUGAAUGGAGCCAAAAUGGACGACCUUCAUCCAGUUAAAGCAAAAAUAGCAGCAAGGCCUUUUUCUGAAGUUAGAGCAAACAAGAGAUUGUUCUCUGGAGUCAAGAAGGAAGACCAGUUUCCCUCAGGAGCCAUGAUGGAGAACAUGUUUAUUCCUGGAGCCAAGAUGGCGGCUCAGGUGUUAACCGGAGCAAAGUUGGAAGAACAGCUUUUAUUUGGAGCCAAGAUGGAGGACCAGUGUCUGAGGGCAGUGCUGUGGCAGGACAUGUCGGUGAACCUGGCGUCUACGCUGCUGCACCAACUCUCAGAGAAGGUAAAUAAGUCCAGCAGUCAGCAGGUGGAGAGGAUGACCCCGCCCAUCAGAAGCAGUCCUGGCUUGAAGAUGGACAUGGACCAGCUCUGCUCCUCCCCUCUACUGAAAGAACCUUCAUGUGAAACUCCAACCAGCCUGGUUAGAGACAAAACAUCAGGUUCCUCCUUCUUCUUCAGGUGUCAUGUGUGUGGCUUUGAGACCGAAGGCCACACCCUCUUUCAGGGUCACAUGACCGAGCACCGCCAAUGGGAGCAUAGAUUGUUCUCGCUUCACUGCUGCAAGUGUGACCAUUCGACCAAUCAGGAGGCAGAGAUGAGGGCUCACGUUGACACGCACAUACGGGGUGACAUGACAGGCCUCAGAUGCCCCAUCACCCUUCCUCCCGCCUCCAGCAGAGCUCUCCCUGUUGCCGUGGCAACCCAGCCGGAGACGAGCACCUCAGAGCAUCGCUGCCGCAUCUGCCAGAGGUCGUUUCCAGGGCAACAGGACCUCCUGGUCCACUUCCAGGGUCAUCGCCAAGGCAACCAGUACCGGUGCGACCGCUGCGGUCACCUGACGCGGACAGCCAACAAGCUGGUGGAACACGUGCGCGUGCACACGGGCGAGCGCCCGUUCACCUGCGACCUUUGCCCCUACAGCGCCAAGCGGCGGGACAGUCUGCGGCUGCAUUGCAAGGUGAAGCACGGCGCACAGGUGAACGCCGACGUGCCCGGCAACGUGCACACACACCGCUCCUACGUUCAUGAGGAAGGCCAGCGUUCGAACGAACAAAUCCAGCGGCUGCACACACCAGCCAAAGCUCACACUGCCGCCUCUUCCUCCCAUCCUCCUCCUCACCUGUCGCUCUCUCACCGAGCAGGAUGGAGGGAUUUAUCUCCUCUCCUCCCCAUCACAACGCUCAUCUCUCUCAAACCGCCCUCCCCUUCAUCAUCCUCCUCUGCACCUUUCUCCAGCAAACACUCCUUUCUGGGUUACCUCGGUCUGACCACUUACUUUUAAGCCCCUCCCAUCUUCUAUCCAUCCUGCGAACUCUGAAGCGAUGGAUGUAAAGCUGUCAUUUAUCCGAGGUACUGUCGCUCCGUAUGAGAAUGUCAAACAGCUCCUGUUAUGCUCAGUGCACUGAAACUCUCACAGAUAAACAACCUUUUGUAUUUAUUACACUUUUGCAUCAUGCUCGUAAUUUUAGCUGCAUUCCUGCCUGCUUUAGCCCGUCAUAUACUCACUUUACCCCUAGCUAGUGAACAGUGUGACUUAUUUAUUACCCGUCUCUCGUCCUCCAGAAACACUGAACUGGAAAAAAACCCCACUGUUUAAAAAAUAUAUAAAAGUUUAGAUUAUUUUUCAAAUCAAAACCUUCCUGGAUCAAGUUAGAUGAUGUUACUGAAAAUGUCAAAUCUGCAUUUGAUGAGCUAAAACACUAAAAACUCUUUAUUUACUGUGCUGGAAAUCUUUUUGUGAUAAAAUCUCACACGAUUGUUGCUUUUGUGCCUGAAAGUUGGAAAUUCAGAUUUUUCUGGUGGUCAUUGAAUGCACCCCUAAUGUUAUUAUAUUGAAUUUAUAAGAAAACAGAAAAGCUCUCUUCUGUUUGAGUCUUGAAAUAGUCUCAAAACGUUCCCGAGGGUUCUCACACAACAUCAGAACAGAACAGUGUCGGCUGUUGUUUUUUCUGGAAUGUCUAAAAGAUUUGUGAGUCAAAUUUUGAUUAUGAACCCCGGAUUCAUCUCGGGUGUCUGGAUCGCGCCUCAGUUUAGUUUUUAUGAGUCAGAAAAGGCAAAAAAUAUGAGACACAUUCAGGAGCGGUUGGAGACUAAACAAAAAGCAUCACACACACUAAUGCAUUCACUUAAUUGUGACUAAAUGUGAAAACAGGAAAAUUUACACAAAUGUGAAGUUUUGAUGAUUUCUCAUAAUUGUGUGUUUCCCGCUAGUGAAGGUUUUCUUUAAGGGUCGAAACCCAGACUGGCUGUUUGAGAGGGUUCUGGUUCUGUAGUCCUGUUACAUUCAACCAAAGAAUGUCGUUAAAACCUCAGGAAACAAUCUGAAGUAAUGAAAACAUAUUUAUCCUUUUGAAGUGUUGCUUCUAAACUGGAGAGCGUAAUUAAGCUAUGUUUUUUAGGUUAAUUUAGCCAUUGUUAAAACAUUUAUCGGAAUUCGAUUAAUCAGCCUGAUAAAUUGGAGGACAUUUACCGCUUUAUAAUAAUCAGUUAUCAGGAAACAGAAUCGAUUAACCUUUUGUCUCCUUAAUAAUGUUAAAAUGUUUAUUUAGGUCAAACAUUUGUGCUAUUGAUUUAUGAGAGAAAACAAAUAUUAGAGACUUCUUUAAAAAUCAAAUAUAUCAGAGAUUGGUCACCCUAAAUUUCUGAAAACAUCGGCUUCAGCCAAAAAGAAAUGGUAUCAAUCAACCUUUCAUCAAAUUAAGAUUAAAGCUCAAAGCCAUACACUGCAACUUUUUCAUAUUUUUAGAUCCGUUUUUGCGCCAGUAUCUGCUCAAAUGACUCUCAACGGUGUUAGUGAAAUGCCACUUAGACCUCCAUCGCCCCCUGUGGCCAGAAUAUCACACUUGCAACUUCAGCGUGCCAGUCAAGGCUCUGUUGGACUUAGUUAAAGGGAGAUUACAUACCUGGCUCUGCAGUCUGCUUCCAGCACGUUUACUAGAUCAUGAAUACAGCUGAUUCGUUUGAUGUAGUGAUGAAUCACUCCUGUAGAUACUAAGGAAGGCUGGGAGACAUUUCAGCUGUUAGAUUAAGGUGUGAAAAAGAUGAACGCACAGCAAGGCUAAGAGUUUCACUUUUGGUUUCACUAACAAGAUGGUAGGGGGCGCUAAAAGCAAGCCUAAAUUGCCUAGUCUCCUUUUAAAUAGUUAGCAAACAGGUUAGCUGCUAAGCUGUAUGCUAACCCUUAGCAGAAUGUCAUCAUUUGACUCAAAUCCCAUGUUUCAUGAUGGUUUGAGUUCACGUUUUAAACAGUACGGUUUGUGUGUCCGUGGAGGAUUUUGGAGGAUUGGUGCUUUCUGGAGGACGGUGAUGAACUUUCUGAUACUUGUGUUGUAUAUUAAUGACGUGUUUGUGUUUACAUAACUACAUGGAGCUCCCAGGAGCCCAACAUGUAUGGAAGUUGCACUAAAACGUGGAUUCGUCGAGACGAGGGAAGGUUUCAUUCAGAACCCUGAAGCCAUCUUUAACCUCACAAGAAUUGAUUUGAUGAUGAGAAAAACACUGAAGGAAAAGCUGAAAACUACGAAGCCAAAUAGAUUAAAUCCAGCAAAUGAGUAUUUAUAGCUCAGUCUUCUUGUUUGUGAUUUAAUGGGUUUUAUGUUGCUGAGUGUUUGAGCUGACUGUCGACUUUAAAUCGAUCUGAAUGUGUUACCUCCUCCCUGCCUGCAGGGGGCGCCAGACAGUUUGAAGAUGACGACACACACUGUAUUAUCACAACAUCCUUUAUUAUCACAGCAAAAGACUUUAAAACGGACACUUGUGCAAUACAUCUUUGUUAUUUUUUUUACACGAGACUUUCUCGUGGGACUAAACCAACCAAUCAGUGAAUUUAACACAUGAUAGAGGCUGAAACACAACCCUGGCUUUGAACCAGAGUCAUGCUGCCUUCUGUGCCUCAGAGAUUCAGACCUGCGUUGCUCUGACAUGAGCAGGAAUGUGCUGUGUCGCACCAGGAUGGUCGUGCCCACCACAGCAUUCAGAAGCAUGUUUUUAACCCAACAUUAAAAAAGACUAAAGCAAGCCGCCUGGCAUCAGCUGGAGUCUGCGGUAUAAGGUGAUCAAAUGGUGCAGAGAGCAGAGAUUUUUAUUUGUGUUUGGUUGAGUAGAAACACAACGGGAUCAUCUGCAUAUUAUCGAAGUCCUGCAUUAGAAAUAGCCAAGAAGCAAGAAAUCAGAGAUUAAAACCAACAUGUUUUUACUCCUUUGGGGGA